UUCACCGUCUCACGGUUCGCUCACAAUUCGACCCAGCACGCUCACGCUGCUGGAUCCAGUUCGAUUCCAACGUUGUUGUUUUGGCCGUGUUCUUGCUUGCCGUGUUUCAUCGUCGUCGUCAUCGUUCGUCUGUCCGUCUGCUGGCAAGCGGUCUUCAGUAGAGUUUCGGCCUUCGUUCGACGACGUGGUUCAGCGGGAGCGUCUACGCUUAUCGGGCCUGUUAUUUCGCUGCGCGUGUUUCGCGUUCGCGCGAGUGCUUGCAUCACCGCCGCAAUCAUAAUCCAUCCAGCCACACACAACUUCGACGACCGGGACGUGAUCAAUAAAUAAAUAAAUGAAAAAUUGUGAACACCCCGGUGUGGAAGUGGAAGUCGGGUAAUGCCGGGGUUUUGCGCGUUCGCGGCCUUUGGGGUGUGAGUGAAUGUGGAAGAAUUACAAGCACCAUACGGGGCCAUAAGAGAGAAUUAUUAAAACGGUGCGCGGUGCUGCAUUUUUGCUUGUUGGUUCUAGUAGCGAAGUGUUUGAUGGGAUUGUUAUCAGGGGUUGUUGUGUGUGCAGUUUGAGUCAUGGUUAUACGCCCCUCAUCGUCGUAGGUGAAGAAGAUUACGAGAGAAUUGGCGAAUGAUAAGGGCAGGGGUUUUGAUUACCGAGUCACGAUUAGGAGGUGUAGUGAUAUCCCUUUGAAGGCUUUUUGGGGGCUGAAGAACUUUGAAGUUACUGCUGAUAGUGCGAGUCGGAGUGAGAUUGGUGUGAAGAAAUUGAUUCAAGGUUCUUUGAAGAGAGAAGUCAAUUGAAGUGGUGUUGAUUUUUAUUCGAUCAAUCAAACGAGCUGGAGAUUCAGAUCAAUUGGCAGUCGAGAAUAGUGUCCUAAAUGUCCUAAAUUGGUAGUUGAUUGUGAAAAGUGUAUCAUAUUGGAAAAGAAGAAGCUAUCUGCUGCGAAGAAUAAAUUUGAAUGAAGCAAACAGGGGAGAAAGACCUCCAAACGAAGAUAUAAUAAGCCCAAAAUCUGGCAUAAUAUGGUGAUUACGGUCUAUGAAUAAUAUCAAAAGAGUCCGGCUAAAACCAGUACAGUUGGCCAGGUCCUGUUCAACAUUAAAAGGAUUUAUAAUUACUGUUGAAGCAAACAGAAAGUGAAAUCCCGGCGAAAGGACCGCAAACCGGCGACAGAACCAACCUUAUUCCAAAAGACCAACGUUGUGGACUCGUACCGAGAAGGAAAAAAGGAGAACGAGCCAAAAACUCAAUCCCGGAAGGACAAAAAAGAACCUUCUUCGAGAGCAGUCACCUACCUAAUCCUGGGCUGCAUACAGACGUAAUACCCGAAAAUAACAUUUGUCGCCCAGUUUUCCACCGUCCUCCUCAUCUCCGCAAGGGACGUUCGCUUCAGUGAGCUCGCGGAAAAUAACGAGGAUUAUAGUGCCAGACAUUCCCAGACGGAGAAUCCCCCGGUCGGAAGGCGUAGUAGCAGAGUGCGGCAAGGAUUAAUUUCCAUAAAUCAAAUAUGAUUAGAUACCACGUUGGGCCUCCGGGUUUGGAGUAACCGUGCUGCUGCGCAGCCACAGUGUCAUCAUCAGCGGUGAUGCGUGACAAUUUGAACAAGUCGUAGAAAACAAAAAAGGUGACGACUAAUUGUAACAUAAUGGAAUACAAGCACACCUUGAACCCGACCACCGCGAACCGAUCCCAAGAGCACCAGCAUCAGCCCCACCAACAUCAGAAUCAGCAUCCCGAGCUUUGUCAGUACAGUCAGUGUCAGUGCCAGAGGAUGAUGCAAGCUUAGCAGCAUCCCGUCCGCGCCGUACUUAGUGAACAACAACAGCCGCAGGAAACGCGCGCGAGUGCCAGUGAAGAGAAGAGACCACGCCACGCCACUGGGAUAUAGAGAGGAAACGCGCCGGGAGACCCCAGAGCAGAGUGAGAGGCGAGACUCGCGAGAGUUUCGCGCAGUGCAGCCGAGAAAAACCGGAGAUCUUCUACGCGAGAUAUAAAAGGGAAUUCUAUACGGAAAAUCUUUGUUGAAGACCGCUAAGUGAUCCGAUGCUGGCUAAAAAAAGUUGUACCCUAGACUUGAUGAAAUAUUCCUGUUUGAAGACUAUGAUCGUCGCGGUGCCGAGGUGCUGAGCAUCCAACCGGGAGUACGCUACACGCUUACGCAACACAGUUCUUAACGAAUCGGAAGGAAAAUGCUACGCAAAAUGUUGUCCAGGCCGGUCCACGUGGGAUUGGUGGUGGUUCUGCUGCUUGGGAUCGUGAUUCCGGUUGUUCCGAUGUGGUCGGCUUGCCCAUCUCCUUGCCGAUGUGACGACGAAACGCUGGAGGUGGUGUGUGGAGAUGGGUUGCUGGACGUGCUUCCGAUCGUGCUGAAUCCAUCGCUGCAGCGACUCACUAUUAGAAAUAAUAAAAUUAGGAGCUUGGACUCGUCGAUACAGUUUUAUCCGGCGCUGAAAUUUUUGGACUUGAGCUAUAAUCAUGUGUUCAACAUGCCACCGAAAACGUUUUUCUACCAGAGGGAAUUGACGGAGUUGCACCUGAAUCACAACAAGGUGGGAUCGAUAUCGAACAAGACGUUUACAGGAUUGGAAUCGUUGACGAUAUUGAAUCUGAGAGGGAACUUCUUGGACGAACUGACGGACGGAGUGUUCGCGGACUUGAAGAAGCUGGAGGAGCUGAACUUGGGACAGAAUCGGAUAGGAAAGAUAGACCAGAAGGCUUUCGAGGGGUUGGUGAACUUGAAGGUGUUGUAUCUGGAUGACAACACAUUGAGUGCGGUACCGUCGACAGCGUUUGGACCACUUGUGGUUCUGGCUGAACUGUAUCUGGGAAUCAAUUCAUUUUCAACGAUUGCGAAGGAUGCUUUCAUGCAGCUGGAUAAGCUGAGUAGGUUGGACUUGCGAGGAGCUGCACUGGUGAAUGUGACCCGUGAGACAUUCAAUGGGUUGGAUGCGCUGAGAGUGUUGGAUCUUUCCGACAACCGUCUGAGUCGGAUACCGACCUCCGAGCUGUCUGCGCUGGAGCGAUUGGAGGAAUUAUCGUUAGGACAAAAUGAUUUCGACAGUAUUCCCAUGGGAGCAUUUGCUGGACUGGCAAACCUAAGGAAGAUAGACAUAUCAGGAUCUUUAAAACUGAAUAGAAUUGAAAGCGGAGCGUUUUCGGCGAACGCCAAUUUGGAAGAAAUUGUGAUAGCUUCUAAUAAAGCACUGGCAGAGAUUCAGGAUGGAGCAUUGAGUGGGUUGCCACAUCUGAAGAGGUUGAUGUUGAAGGACAAUGCACUGACGACGCUGUCGGAUGGAUUAUUUACGUGGAAUGAAUUGAUUGAUUUGGACUUGUCGGAAAAUCCAAUAGCCUGCGACUGCAGAAUUUUGUGGUUGAGGAACGUGUUGGUGAACAAGAGUAACAGCAGCCAGAAUCAGAACCCGGUGGUGUGUGCUUCACCGGAUAGACUAAGAGAGCAAACAUUGCAAGCAUUAUCGCCUGAAUUGCUUGGUUGUUCGCACACGAACCCACAAGAGCAAGCAAUUAUUUGCGUUAUACUGGUUGCAGCUGCUGCCAUCAUUACAACAUUGGCACUGGUAAUCUACAAAUGUCGAAGACGAAUCCGUGAAGCGGUGAAAGGCAGAUGGGGAAACAGUGCCAUCGGCCGGAAGGAGCGUGAAUACCAAAAGACCUUCUCCGAGGAGGACUACAUGGGUAGACUGCCGAACCCGUGCGGGAUGACCGGAGUGCAUACGACAACGUUGAACAACUACCAAAUCAACAACCACCACUCGCAUGGUAUACGACACAUACCGGUAACGGAACUAUAG